AUGAAGUUUGCUUUCUCUCUCAUGGUCACCACAUUAGCUGUGUAUGCGAAAGCGAACAAUGAUACCUGUAACCCUCUCUUCAGCGCAUUUAUCGGUGUUCCUGGAUUCCGCAUCAAUUCGGUUGCAGCAGAGGCCGUGGUUACGAAUCCCCAACCAGUUGUUCUGGCUGUAGAGGAGCGCAAGUUCAGAUGUGGCAAUUUAUAAUCUUCCGGCUGCUCGGAGCUUGUCAUGGCUGAUUUGCAAGAAGAAUUCGCAGUAACUAGAGAAUGGAUGAUCGACACUAUUGGCGACAUGCGCAAUCUGACGUUCGCACUUGAUGGUGUUUCCGUUGAGUUGUUGUCAAACCUAGAUGAAGGACUCGAGCAGGUGAAAGCAGCAUAUAACU